CGUGGACACGAUAACAAGAAGCAAAUAUAAUGAACAGCACAACUUGUCGCAUGUCGCACCGUUUUCCAAAUAUUCAACACGUCGCUUGAAAUCGCCAUUCCACACCGAAUCAUGUUUCAACAUCACAAAAAUAUACAACAUGCAGUCAUCGAACUACCCCCAGCGGCAUGCGACUCUCGCAAAACAUCCAAGUCACUCAACAUUCUACCCUCAAGCUCAUCCAUUCACUCCACAAAAAGCGCCUCCUCGAUGCCGAAACAGCGCAUAAAACCCUUAUUCCACCACCGCGUCAUACCGCCACAGGCUCCACGCACCGAACUCGCCAUCCAUAUGCAACCGCACCUCCACUCCUCGCUGAACGAAGCCCUCUACGGCUCCCCCCACGGCUUCGGCGAACGCAGAGUAAAACUGGAAAUGACGUCCGACCAAAGCGGGAUCGUAAUAUGCAUGCGCGUCGUGUGUUCGUACGAGGCCAAUGUGUUGAUUUUGACGGCGGUGGGGAUUUACGGGUCGGAUUGGGUGGGGCUUUGCAGACUUGUUGCGGAGGAGGGGGUGGUGUGGGUGAAGUUCGAACUUGUGGGGGGAGUGGGGGAGUGGAGAGGCGGCAUCACGCGAGCGGCUGGGGAAGGGCUGGGAGACAUAAGAGGAAGGAUGGGAGGGGAAAAUACAGGGGAUGAUGUGGCGGUGAGGUUCUCAUGGACAGAUGACGAUGGGGAUGGGUUUAGGAAGUCGGUUAAACGGGGGGUAGAGUGGGUUAAGGAGAGGUUUAGGUAGUGCUUCUGCGUGAUCAUGGGGGGGUUUUAGGAUGGGGUGGGAUUUGUGGUUUAAUACGUGUUACU